UCAUUCCACUUUGGUACUAAUUAAGUCAUGGCAACAAAUUAUUCCUCUCAACCAUUGUUAGAUUCUCCCAAAACAAAAUCCUCCUCUUCUACUAAAGCUCUCUAUGUGCUUCUCUCCUUAGCUACUAUUGUGGGCUCAGUUGGAUUAAUUUCAAUCUGGGCCACUAACCCAUCAAUUUCCUUAACAACCCGUGUUUGUGAUACAGCUCAUGAUCAGCCAUCUUGCUUAGCCAUGCUGUCUGAGGUUGCACCUGUUGGUGUGAUGGAUACAAAAACACUUGAUUUAUUACAGAUGGUUUUGCAUAAAUCGUCCUUAAAAAUCCACGAGACGAUCCAUUUGGCGAGCAAUGUAAAUGGUCGGAUCAAUAAUGGUCAGGAACAAGCAGCUCUAGCAGAUUGUCUAGAGUUGAUGGAUUUGUCAAGGGAUAGAUUAAUGGACUCCAUGAUGAGACUUGGGAACCUAUCGUCCCAAGCCCAUUUUGAUGUUCAUUCAUGGCUAAGUAGCAUUCUCACCAACCAUGUUACUUGCAUAGAUGGGCUAAAUGGCCAGGCCCAGUCUAUCAUGGAGCCUAUGUUGAAUGAUUUAGUAGCAAGAGCAAGGACUUCCUUGGCCUUGAUGGUUGCAAUUGCACCACCAAAGAAUGAUAAUAAUUUACCAACAGUUAGUGAUGAUGGAUUGCCCUCAUGGGUUAGUGCUAAUGAUAGAAAGCUUUUGCAACUUUCUGCUAAUGCUAUAGCAGCCAAUGUUGUAGUGGCUAAAGAUGGUAGUGGAAAAUAUAAGACCGUAAAAGAAGCAGUUGCGUCUGCUCCAGAUAAUAGUAAGACUAGAUUUGUUAUUUAUGUGAAAAAAGGAAUUUAUAAAGAAAAUGUUGAGAUUGGGAAAACUAAGAAGAAUAUAAUGCUUGUGGGUGAUGGCAUGGAUGCUACUAUUAUUACUGGCAACUUGAAUGUUGUGGAUGGUGCAACAACUUUCAACUCUGCAACUGUUGCUGCUGUUGGGGAUGGAUUCAUAGCUCAAGAUGUACAAUUUCAAAACACAGCAGGGCCACAAAAGCACCAAGCAGUGGCCCUUCGUGUUGGAGCAGAUCAGUCCGUUAUCAACCGUUGCAAAAUAGAUGCAUUCCAGGACACUCUAUAUACCCACACUCUCCGUCAAUUCUACAGAGAUUGUUACAUUACUGGCACUGUCGAUUUCAUCUUCGGUAAUGCAGCAGUUGUGUUCCAAAACUCUAAACUCGCAGCCCGAAAGCCCAUGAGCGGACAGAAAAACAUGGUUACGGCUCAAGGUCGUGAAGAUCCAAACCAAGUAACAGGAACUUCAAUCCAGAAUUGUGAUAUUAUUCCUAGCUCGGACCUUGCACCAGUGAAAGGGUCCGUGAAGACAUAUUUGGGUAGACCAUGGAAAGCGUAUUCGCGGACAGUGUACAUGCAGUCCAAUAUUGGAGACCAUAUUGAUCCAGCAGGUUGGUCAGAAUGGGACGGUGAUUUUGCAUUGAAAACAUUGUAUUAUGGUGAGUACAUGAACAAAGGAGCUGGUGCUGGAAUUAGUAAGAGAGUAAACUGGCCUGGUUAUCAUAAUGCCUUAACAAUAUCUGAGGCCACAAAAUUCACUGUGGGUCAGCUGAUUCAAGGAGCAGCAUGGUUAAAAUCUACUGGUGUCGCUUACACUGAAGGGUUGUGAGGAACUUGUUUGAUUUAUAGUAUAUAUUAUUAUGCUUGCUUGGUGAUUUUAAUUAAGGUUGUUUCUAAUAAUAUAUAUUAUACGGAUGAGCUGUGGCUCUCCGCCCAGUGUGAACGAUCGAUCAUCAAAUUAGUAAUAAACUUGGCAGGUGUUAUUGUAA